CCAUAAUACAUACAUACCCUCUCACCCUCCCUCUCUCUUUUCCACUCUCCUUUUUUAAGGGUUCCCACCACUGUUUGCUUCUUAAACCCUAUUUCCCUCUGUUUUUAAUCUUUCUUUUUCUUCUGAUUUGACUGGGACCCUUUUCGCCGCUUCAAACCCUACUCAUACUCACUCUUCUUCUUCUUCCUCUUCUUCCCUCUUUUUAUUAUUAAACCUUAACAAAGCCGCAAAACACAAUCUCAAAUAUACUCUUCCGCCUUUCACUCCACUCCUCUCUCUGUUUUCUUUUUAGUCUACUCCGGAUAACUAGUCCUUCUUCUUUGCUUCUCCUUCUCCUUUUCUGUUUUGUUUUUUUUUUUUUAACCUUUCUGUAAUGGCCGAGAGUUUGGAUGAUGGGGAGUUUUGGCUUCCUCCUAAGUUUCUUAACGACGAUGACUUGUUCAUUGAGGAAAAGUGUGCGGGUAAUGAUCUUAAGAAUGGGAGAAAUGGUGUUGGGUUGUACCCAUUUGGUUCUUUUGGGUUUACUUCUGAUCUCGGUUCGCCGGUUGAAUCUCUGGUUGGUUCCAGCGAAACAGAGAGUGAUGAGGAGGAAUACAUCGCUGGAUUGACGCACCGAUUGACGCGUUCCACUCUGGAAGAUGGUUUUGGUCUUGACAACUCUCACGUUUGGGGAUCUUCUGGUUCACCACAGUCAACGUUGUGCGCUAUGGGAAGUGGGUGCGGCUGUAAACAGGGCUCGAGCAGGGGAAGCCCUAAUGGACAUUACCAAGCUUCUCAUCCACAGUUAACUUUGGAUCUACUCUAUGCUGCUGCCGGUGAAGUCUCGAAGAUGCGGAUGAAUGAAGAAACGUACGGUUUUAUUAACUCUUGUGGACCUCUUGCUCCGCCUAGAAAGCCUUCUCCCGUCUCUGUUCCGCUCAAAAACCGCGAACCCGACGCCGAAGUUUACCAGCAGCUGCAGGCUUCUCAAUUUCUGCAUCUGAGACGACAGCAGCUUAUCGAGCAAAUGAACUCUGCCGCUCGUGUGGGACAAACGAAGGGUUCUGUGAGACACCCUCAACCCCAAAUGCUGCAAAACAGAGGAAGAAAUAACGAGUUCUUCAAUGGUAGAAACUGCCGCUCUGCAACUACUGGCUUACCGUCCCAACCCACUUGGGCGGCUCCUCCACGGAAACACACUGUGAACCCCCCACCGAACGGUUCUGGCAUGAGAGCGGUAUUUCUAGGCGCUCCUGGCGGGAAGAGGGAAUGCGCCGGUACGGGUGUGUUUUUACCUCGACAAGCCGGCGGUACCGUCACUGAAACACGCAAGAAGCCAGCUUGUUCGACUGUUUUGGUUCCUGCUAGAGUGAUGCAAGCCCUGAAUCUGAACUUAGACGACAUGUACGUUCAACGUAUUCAACCCCCACAACUUCAAUCUCGUUCCCCUCCAGUUUACAUCGCAGGGAAGAACGAUGUUUCUGUAAGGAACAAAAGUGAAAGUUUGCAGCAGAAGGGAAACCUCCGAACGGCGGUGCCGGCAGUAAACCAUGAGAUUGGGCUUCCACAAGAGUGGACUUACUGAAGCGACAAACACCGCCAUUAUAGAAUAAAGAAAAAAGAAAGGGGUGGUGAUUAGAUAUUUUACUAACUGCUGUGUUAAAUUUUAGGGGGAGGGGGGGUAGAUUAAGAUAAAAGAAAAUGAAGGUUUGUUAGAUUUGAAUGGGGUUAUUAUAGGGAACAGAGUAUUUGUUUAAUAGGAAAAAAGGGUAAGAUAAGAAGAGGGGAUUAAGGAAGGUGUUCUGAUGAGAAAAAGAAAGGAAAAGAGAAAGUGGUUUUUGGUUCUUUUUGGGAUUAGGGAUUUUAGAUUAGAAGAUAGAAAUAAAGGAGUUGUGUUUAAGUUUUUAGGGGCGGGGAGAUGUUUAUUUGUUUAAUUUUGAUGUGGGCUGAAAAAGCCAACUUAGAAAUGAAUGUAAUGGGAAUGAGAAGAAAAGGAAGAAAAAAGAGGGGGUUUUUCCUUUUCUUUUUCGUUUUUGGUGUUAAAAACUCUGGAAAAGAGAGAAAGAAAAGAAGGAGAGGGGUUUAAGUAGUAGUAAGUUGGCUUCUUUUGUUUUUUUUUUUUUCUUUUUUUCUCUUUUUUGUGAAGGGCAAAUUAGGAACUUUGUUUUGGAUUCUAAUUUGUACCCUCUUCCCCUCUCCUCUCCUCUCCUCUCCCCUCCCCAUGCACUAAUAAAAUAAUAUAUAUAACAAAUAUUUUACUUUACCUUUUUCU